AGAGAAAAAAAAAUGAAAAUAUAGAAUCCAAUGGUCCAAUCUAAAAAGACUGGUCAAGCCUUUUUUCCUAUAGACAUCUAAAAGCUAAUGCCAUUUUUUAAAUUACUUCACUUUCUAUAGCUCUUUUACAACAAUAGAACUGCUACAUUAGAUGCAGACAACUAGUUAAGCAAGAUAAGAACACAAAAAACACAAGAGAAGAAACAAAACAAAGAAAACUCAUGGACAUCACAAGAAACAACAACACCAAACUCCAUCUUCAAACUCAGUCUUUGUUUCCUCCUAGUAUGGAGAAAACUUUAGAUGUGGAGCCAAGAAUGAGCACAAACCCAUUUGCAGAAGACUCGCUUAUAAGCAGAAUCAACCUAAAUAAAAAUGCAGACCUAAGCAGCAGCAGCAAUGAGAUGGUAAACGAAAGAAGACAGAGUUUCUCAUCACAAAAGAGCAUUGGAGAAGGAAGAAGCAGCGGACAGAGAAGAGUGAUGCUAAUGGAGUCUCCUUGCACUCCAGGUAGAGGAGUCUUCAGCUUCAGCAGCAAUGUCUCUGGGAGAAGAAGAAACUUCCCUUCUAAAUGGGUCGAUGCAGAGAAAUGGGUCACCUCCGGUCAGGAAUCUCCGGCACAUUCCCUCAAAGUUGUUUACUCGGAGAAGUCUAGGGUUACAGAGGAGAAAGUCUCAUUAUCUCCACCAGAUCUUGUACUCAAAGAUAAGUUAGCAAACGAAGUGCUCCCAUCAACGGAAGGGUUUAUAUUCAGAGAGUUCGAGGAAGAAGCUCAAGUUCAACACAGAGACAUAGAGAUGACACCAACCGGAAGCGUAACGGCUUCAAGAUGUCACACGCCGUUUAAAAGCAUGUCUCCGGCGAGACACAACACGCCUUCGAAAAUGUCUGGCCCGUUAACAGAAACCAAAAACGUUAUAGACAUCUCCGAGUUCGCCGACAAGCUACGACUCAGUGGGUCAGCAGCGACUCAGUAUUAUAACUCGGUCACUCUUUGGAACUCGAGGGAAGGGGAAGAACAAGAGAUAUCUAAGAGCUUGAGUCAUUUGGAUAUGGAAAGUGAGUUGCGGAGAAGUGUUUCAGAGUCUAAAGCUGCUUUGUGGGAUGGUGAAGACGACAAGAUCAUGUUUUGCCAAAGAUAUCAAAGAGAAGAAGCCAAGAUCCAGGCAUGGGUGAAUCUCCAAAAUGCUAAAGCAGAAGCUCAGUCCAGGAAACUCGAGAUGAAAAUACAGAAGAUGAGAUCAAAUUUUGAAGAGAAACUGAUGAAGAGAAUGGACACGGUUCACCGGAGAGCGGAUGACUGGAGAGUUACGGCGAGGCAGCAACAUGCUGAGCAAUUGCAGAGAGCAGCUGAAACGGCGAGGAAGCUAACAAACCGUCGUGGCUAUUUGGUUUCCGGGCGUAGUUCUUGUGGUUGUAUUCCUUGCAACAAUACUUGUCACUAACUUAGUGAGUUCAAAGAAGAGAAAGUAUAUUACAAUUUACAAAUGGACAACAAUGACAAGAAAUUUUGUUUAUGUGUGUUGGAAUAUCAAUA